AGGCCUGGACUUUGAGGGGACCACGAUUGGACUGGCCUUCCUCAAAUCCAUAUGCAGUGAUUUAUACUCUGCAGGUAUUAUUCAGGACCACAACAGGAAUGAGAUUGCAGUGGCAGCCACCAUGGCCCACGAGAUGGGGCACAACCUGGGUAUGAGCCACGACACCGAGGCCUGCUCGUGCAGUGAUGACAUUUGCAUCAUGACAGACACUGUCAGCUCUGUGAUUCCCAAGGAAUUCAGCUCCUGCAGCCUCCAGAGCUUUGAGAAGUUCAUGCUGGCUGACAUGCCCAGGUGCCUGACCAAUAUCCCAGAGCUGAGCAGCAUAAUCGCCCCUCCAUCCUGCGGGAACGGAUUCCUGGAAAAGGGAGAGGAAUGUGACUGUGGCACUCCUGAGGAGUGCACGAACGAGUGCUGCGACCCCGAGAGCUGCAAGCUGAGCUCGGGGGCUGCCUGUGCACAUGGGGACUGCUGUGAAAACUGCCAGUACAAGAAGUCGGGCUCUGUGUGCCGGGCGGUGAAACACGACUGUGACCUGGCUGAGAUGUGCACGGGGCUCUCCUCCAGCUGCCCUGAGGAUCGAUUCCGGGUCAACGGGCACCCCUGCAGCUUUGGAGAGGGAUAUUGCUACAUGGGCACCUGUCCCACCCGUGACAGCCAGUGCAAAGAUGCCUUCGGACCCCAGGCCACAGACGGCCCAGCCUCCUGCUACCACAUGAACGAGAAGGGGGCGUAUUUCGGCUACUGCAGGAAGGAGCGGGGCACCCACCUCCCGUGCAAGAAAAAAGACAAAAUGUGUGGAAAACUCUACUGUUCCGGAGGGAGGGAGAUGCCUCGGGAUGGGAGCCUGCUGUCCUUUAAUUCCUGCAAAGGCAGUUUCCCCAGGAGUGGAGAGGAGGACCCAGGGAUGAUCCUGGAUGGAACCAAGUGUGGGAAUGGGAUGGUGUGCAGCCACGGGGAGUGUGUCCAUGCUGAGGAGGUCUUCAGAUCCACCAACUGCUCUGCCAAGUGCUCUGGCCAUGCUGUGUGUGACCAUGAGCUGCAGUGCCAGUGUGAGGAGGGGUGGACACCCCCCAACUGUGACAGCUCCUCAGCCCUCACCAGCAUCGCUGUGGCUGUGGGGGUGCUGGCUGUCCUGGCUGUCACUGCAGCUGCAGCCGUGCUGCUCACCCGCUUCCGAGGCUUCCACAAGAGCCACCAGACCAGGAGGGGACCUGGAGCCACCAACCAGGUCUUUGUGGAUCAGGAGCAGAGCUGCAGAGAGCAGCCCAUGCUGGUGCCACCUGCCCAGAAGCCUGCCCUGAGGCCCAAAGGUCCCCCACCUCCCAUUCCUGCCACCAAACCUGGCUCUUCCCACCCGGAGCAGAAGUUUGCUCCAGAGAGAAAAGCUCCUCCUGUGCCCCUUCCCAAAGGCAAACCCCCACCUCCAGCCCAGGCUUUAAAGACCCAAAUGAAUCCCAGAGUCUGAGGCUUCCCAAGCAGAGCUGGGUGAGGCAUCUGAAGUUUCCAGGAACAAUUUCUCCCUCGAUUCCUCCACUUUUGACAAAGGCAUCCCAGACCAUCUCCCUCUUCUCCUUAAGAACUAUCUGAGAGCUGCUUUGAAAGAUUUGGGAUUUCAGGCAGUGAGGAGCUCCAUGGUGACAUUGAGCUGCUGCCCAGGAGAAGCAGAGCAGGGUCACCCCUUGCACUGAGGUGUAAACUGGGAGUAAGUUACAAGAGCUGCUGAACACCCCCAGCUGCGAGGCCAGCACUUCGGGAUGAGGCUGCUCCUCCUCUGCUCCUCUGGGGCCGGAGCUGAGGGGAGCAGGGAAAGUGUGGCUGCUGCAGGUUUGGGAAUUGCAAACUUCGUUCGUUUUUUUUUUUGGUUUUUUUUUUUUUUUGGUUUUGUUUUUUGCUCCAUUUCUGGAUCUUUUUCAGCCCUCUCUGCCCUCAGCAACACAAAGAUUUCUCCUUCAUGUGCAAGUCCUGGAGAAAAUCAAACCCUUCCUGCCCUGGGGAGAGAGGUUGUGUCCUCAGGGUCUGGGCUGGACAUGGAAUAAGUAAAGAGAUACACUGGGAAUUGUUCUGGGAAAAUCCUGUGGACUGGAUUCUCUCCACAGUCCUUAAAUUCCCUGUUGAGGAUGCCAUUCCCAGCAAAGCACGGAUGUGAGGGAACUUCAGUCCUCAGUUUGAGGAGUGAGGUUAUGUUGGAUGAGGAUGGAUGUUGCUGGAAGAGUAGAGCCUCCUUCCUCUUUGGAUAAUUGCUGCUUUAUUUAAGCCAGGAACGGAUUGGAAACUCCACCUGGGUUUGACUGGGGUGUAAAAAUCCAGAAGUUGUUUUUUAUGAGCUGUAAUGAAUGUAUUUACAGAGAUUUCUGUAUUAAAAUUCUGU